AUGACUUCGCAAAUGGGGGAAGAAAUUGGAGACAUAGCUAUGACAUGUUCAGAAGCGGAUUCCUCACAAACACACGGACACGAAGCUGCAUCCAGCGCUAGUGCUGAUGAUGCCUCGUCGAGCAAUGCAACUACCCCAGCUGGGGGCGAAGGUCAAGCCUCCAGGCAAUCGAACCUUCAACGAAUCCAGCAGCGAAAGCAACAAGUUUACAAUUGGCCUCAUAACAAGAAAUUACUGAAGCUAGCUAUAUACUCGGCUUGCCAGACACCAGAAUGUACUUGCAAUGGGUGGAAGACACCAUCGCCUCAACACGCUGCCAAAGCAAAUCCACGAGCUGACAAUCAACCUCUUGCCAGCUUCAGUGAUCCCUGUAGAAACUGUAAUCAUGUACUCGAGAAACACGUGACCCAACUGCAAGGUCUGCCCGUUGCUGAAGUCAAUCGGCUUCUUGGAGCAGUGGUAGAUGUGGAGAAUAUUUUCAUGUCCAUGCAUCGGGAGGAUGACCACGAUACCAAACGGGUCUAUUAUUAUUUAUUUAAGAUUCUACGCAAGUGCAUUUUGACCCGCUCCCACCCGCGUAUUGAGGGUCCGUUAGGUCAGCCACCAUUUGAACGGCCCUCAAUAGCGAAGGCGAUCACCAACUUUGUGUUAUUCAAGUUCAAUACCCUGCCACAAAGAGAGUGGCAAACGAUGUAUGACUUGGCCAAAAUGUUCCUCCACUGCUUCAACCAUUGGAACUUUGAAACGCCUAGUGUAAGGAAAUUGCAAGUCUCAAAUCCUGAAGAUAUAUCAGCAUACCAAAUAAAUUACACAAGAUGGUUGGUGUUCUGUCACGUGCCCGCGUUCUGCGACUCUCUGCCGCACUACGACACGUCGCUCGUGUUCGGGCGCACGUUGCUCCGCGCCGUCUUCAAGUCCGUGUGUCGACAACUUAUGGACAAGUGUCACUCCGAGAGGGAUCGCAUGCCGCCAGAGAAGAGGGUGCUAGUGCUGACACACUUUCCACGAUUUCUGGCGUUACUUGAAGAGGAAAUUUUCAGCCCCAACUCACCAAUAUGGGACCCUGAAUAUAAGCAGAUACCACCCAACCAUUUACAAGCAAUAUUAGACAAUAAAAAUCCCACGGGGGGACGCCGUGGGGAAUUUGAACGCAUAACUCCAACUGGGGACAGCAAGGAUGGCUUUACUACAGUCACAUUAUCCUCAGGUUCGAUAAAGUCGGAAGGCGGCAAGCGCGUGGCGGAGGCGCCGCUGCUGAGCGCGGCCAAGCGCCGCCGCGUGGCGGACGAGCCGCCCGACGACGUCAGCGAGCGGACCGUGGCCGACAUCGUCGCCACCAUCGCCGACCCCAACUACAUGUGCGGGCCCGACGCACUGUUCCAAACGCAAGCACCCCGUGAUGAAGCCGCGAAACUGGAGGAACAACGCAAGAUGAUAGAAUUUCACGUCAUCGGGAACUCACUCACGGGACCCGUCAACAAACAGACCAUGCUGUGGCUUAUCGGACUACACAACGUGUUCUCACAUCAGCUGCCAGAAAUGACAAAGGAAUACAUAUCUCAACUGGUUUUUGAUUCAAAACACAAGACACUAGCGCUAAUCAAGGAAGGCAGGCCCAUCGGAGGGAUUUGUUUUAGAACAUUUCACUCGCAGGGUUUCAGCGAGAUAGUGUUCUGCGCGGUGACAUCGAACGAGCAAGUGAAAGGCUACGGUACUCAUCUGAUGAACCAUCUCAAGGACUACCACAUCAGAAACAAUAUAUUACACUUCCUCACAUUCGCUGAUGAAUUUGCUAUUGGUUACUUUAAGAAGCAGGGCUUCAGUAAGGACAUAAAGCUGCCCCGAGCGAUGUACCAGGGCUACAUCAAGGACUACGAGGGCGCCACCCUCAUGCACUGCGAGCUCAACCCGCGCAUCGUCUACACUCAGUUCACAUCCGUCAUACGCAGACAGAAAGAGAUAGUGAAAAAAUUAAUCGACAUGCGACAAAAAGAUGUCAGAAAAAUACAUCCUGGACUAACAGUGUUUAAGGAAGGCCGUAUACGUGAUGUUAUAAAGCAGCAAGUUGAAAAGCGACGGUUAAAUAGUAUUAGGUGCGCAGCAUCCCCGUCGAGUGCAUCCCGGGUCUGCGCGAGGCGGGUCGCGGCGGGGGGGGGGGGGGGGGGCUAUGCGCGCGACCCCGGCCCCGGCCCCGACCACGAGCCCGACCCCGCCGCGCUGCGGACCGUGCUGCACGCCGUUAAAAAUCACGCAGCCGCUUGGCCUUUCCUCAAACCGGUUGAUAAAAGUGAGGUACCUGAUUACUACGAUCAUAUCAAAUAUCCAAUGGAUCUGCGCACAAUGGGCGAACGUAUAAAGGCUCGGUAUUACGUAUCAAAACGUCUGUUCAUAGCCGACAUGACCAGAAUAUUCACAAAUUGCCGUCUCUAUAAUUCACCGGACACUGACUAUUACAGAUGCGCAAACACGCUAGAAAAAUACUUCCACACAAAGAUGAAAGAGGCUGGGCUGUGGGAUAAAUGA